AUGCCGCACCAAUACGGCGCGGGCGCGGGCGGCAUGGCACAGGGGCCGCCGUCGCCUCCGCCGCAGCACGGAGCGCUUUAUCCGCGCUAUGCCAACGCCGCAGGACCCGGUGCCGGAGCGUACCGUCCCGAAGAACGCCGGCUGACACGCGAGGCCAUGGAACGGUAUCUGCGCGAUCGAUCAGACAUGGUGGUUGUAAUUUUGCAUGCUAAAGUAGCACAAAAAUCGUACGGUAAUGAAAAGCGUUUCUUUUGCCCUCCCCCUUGUAUUUAUUUGUUUGGGGAUGGAUGGCGACUGCGACGCGAGCGCAUGUUGCGCGAGGGCGAGACUGAGCAGGCAGCACAACUCUGCGCCUUUAUUGGUAUAGGCAAUUCAGACCAAGAUAUGCAGCAGCUUGAUUUAAAUAAUGGAAAACAAUAUUGUGCCGCUAAAACUUUGUAUAUAUCAGAUUCAGAUAAACGUAAACAUUUCAUGCUGUCAGUGAAAAUGUUCUAUGGAAAUGGUCAUGAUAUAGGUAUUUUCAAUAGCAAAAGAAUAAAAGUGAUAUCAAAACCCUCUAAAAAGAAACAAUCUCUGAAAAAUGCAGAUUUGUGCAUUGCCAGUGGAACAAAAGUAGCUCUCUUCAAUAGACUCAGGUCACAGACAGUGUCAACUAGAUACCUUCAUGUAGAAAAUGGUAACUUCCAUGCAUCAUCUACGCAGUGGGGGGCAUUUACUAUCCACUUACUGGAUGAUAAUGAAAGUGAAUCUGAGGAGUUUGCAGUGAGAGAUGGAUAUGUCCACUAUGGAUCCACAGUGAAACUGGUCUGUUCAGUCACAGGCAUGGCACUACCUCGACUCAUUAUAAGAAAGGUGGACAAACAAAUGGCGCUUUUAGAAGCCGACGAUCCUGUCUCGCAAUUACACAAGUGUGCUUUCUACAUGAAGGACACGGAGCGGAUGUACCUCUGUCUGUCCCAAGAGCGAAUCAUACAGUUUCAGGCGACGCCAUGCCCGAAAGAGCCCAAUAAGGAAAUGAUCAAUGAUGGCGCGUGUUGGACGAUCAUAUCGACUGAUAAAGCUGAAUACCAGUUCUACGAAGGCAUGGGACCUGUCAGGUCACCAGUGACACCAGUUCCUCUCGUACACUCAUUGAACCUGAACGGCGGCGGAGAUGUGGCUAUGCUGGAACUUGCCGGUGAUAACUUUACGCCUUCAUUGCAAGUGUGGUUCGGCGAUGUCGAAGCGGAGACGAUGUACAGAUGUGCUGAGUCUAUGCUGUGUGUGGUCCCGGACAUUUCACAGUUUCGCGGUCAAUGGCUGUGGGUGCGACAGCCUACACAGGUUCCAGUGUCAUUAGUGAGGAAUGAUGGCAUCAUAUACGCCACGGGGCUCACUUUCACAUAUACCCCGGAGCCCGGGCCGCGGCCCGUAUGUCCGCCUGUGGAUGACGUAAUGCGGCCCGACCAGGCAGCCGGCUGGCACCACGACGCGCAUAACAGCCAUCGGCUCACCGACACCAGCCUCCAAUAGCCUAUGGACUGCAGGCUGGAGGAGGACAGCCUGCAGUAAAAUGUCACAAUUGCAUAGACUUUCACAAGUGUUUUCGAAUAGUGUUUGGUUCAUAAUGAACGCCAGUAUAUGGACUUUUGGUGAGUGAUUUCACGAUGUAAUUACGUAAUUAUAUUAUAGUGCCUAAUCUCUAUUUAUUGUGACACGGUUGAUGGGUGUAUAAUGCGGGAAUAAACGACGGCACGUGUUUUAAGGGGGUUGAUACAGUUCAACUUGAAUAUGAAUAUAUUUGUUUCUGAUUUCCAAUAUCCUACAGCUAUGCACACUAAUAAACGAUAAAUAAACUAAUUAAAUUUCUUUUUACUUGCAAAGUGUACAAACUUUAGUAAUUAUAUUAUAUGUGAAUAAUAAAUAAUGGUAAGUAAUCAGAAAUUUCAAAUUAUGACACUGCAUUAUAAACCAAUUUUUCGGGAUACAAAUCUACAGUACAUAUAUCUUGUUUUGUAAUAUUUAUACUGUACAGACAUAUUCUUUAUUUUUAUUUAAAAAAAAUGGACCACGAUGUUGUUGCUACUUAGCUAAACUAAAGUAGCAAGCCGAUCUGAACGGUUAGGAUAAUUAUAAAAAAUGUGACGUGCACAAAAGGCCGAGCGGUCCAAUGUAAAUAAAUAAAAUUAUUUGACUUUAAUCCUUGCACAUUAACUUAAAACUGCCUUAUAUGAACCACAGAUUGUACAAGAGUGUACUGAGAUAUAAUAAAUCGUGUCAUAAUGAAUAGAUUAUUGAAAGCUUUAUUAUGUUAAGAUUCCCAAAUGCGAGUGAGUUUACUUGCGAAAUAGGACUCAUAGCAGUACACUGUGAAAUUAAAUAGUUGUGUACUUGUCUAUGUGUACUUUUAAGUUCACGUUUUGUUGUGUAACACCAAAAUGUAUAUAUGGUAAAUGUAACUUUAUAAACAUACGAAUAUUGAAAUUACGUUUCUUCAGUGAUAGGUUACCGUUUUAAUUCCUAAGAAUAUCAAAAUGGUUUUCUAUCGGAUAAUUAUGAUUGUCCUUUUAGUCCUUUUAUUUAUUUAUUAAACAGGGUUUUUAUAUAUAUUGAUCCCCAUUUUGUUUAACAAAUAUUGUGUAAUUUGCUACAUCCGAACGCCUAGUGCUAUACUGUGAAUAUAUCAUGCACACAUGAGGCAAUAUAUCUGAAGAUAAAUUAUACCUUACGCAUGUGAUAUUGUGUUGGAAUAGAUUCUUUUUAUGAAAUAGAAAAAUAAUAGUUAUAAAUUAGCUGUAAUUAUUUCGUGCUUCUUUUUAUACAUACAAAUAUUAUGAAGCAAUUUAUACCAAUGUAUCGAGCUCGUUCUCUCGCAGUAUAACACUUGCGGUCAGACUGUACUCAUAAUGUUUACUUACGGAAGUAAUCCAUUAUUGUCACCGAUCUCUCUCUCUCUGCUCUUAGAUUCGUUUCUUUGGGGCCAAAUAGCUGUAGUAUCCAUGACAGUCAUUGCUAUACAUUAUCACUAUUUCAGUUAAUAUUAAGACUAUUUUAAUGGUUUGGUUGAGUAAUUUUGAUACGACGAAGAGAUUGUUUUAGGCGUGAUUUUGAAUUAUAUGUGAUGUGUUUGUACAUUAUUUAGAUUAAAUAUAAUUACGAGUAAGACAAAAGCCAAAUAAGUUCUGUUGGGUUAUUGUAUUUCUUAAAAAUAGUUUAAAGAAUUUCAACUGUUAUUAUUUAACUGUUACAAAUAUAUCUUAUAUUUGUAACAGUGUUUAGCCACUGCUUUGAUAAAUAAAAGCGAGUCAAAUAUUAAUAACCCAACGCAUACCAAUAAAGUUAAUUGGUGAUCACUUACUUCAUGAACUGUCACUAAAUGUAUGUAUAUUUAUGUCGAGAUUCGAACAAGUUAGGUAUCUUAGCUAGCUUUAGUCCAUAGUACGAUAAAUUAUCAUUUUUAUAAAUUCUGAAUUUGAAAUUCUAUUUAUUUUAUGUGAGUAAUUUUUAUGAAGGAUUUAUAGUGUUGGAUUGUGAAGUGUAUGUAUUAGUGUAAAAAUAUGAAACGUGUGAUUUUAAACAUUCCACAUGGAAAUUGUAAUAAGAAGUACAAAAAAUUUACAAUAUUUUUGUAGCAAAACAUUGAAUAAAUUUACGGAAUUGAAUACAGUAUUACGAGAUUAGAAUUAAAAUCAAUUUAAUUGGUGUGAAGCUGUACACACAUUAAUGUCAGUGUGAACUGUCAUAUCACAUGGCAAUACUGAAUCAAAUCCUGCGUCUAAUUUUUUUACAUGUUUCUACAUUUUGGAAACGGCCACUUUAUAUAAGAGGACUAUGCGAGAGGAAAAAAGUCAAUUUGAAAUAUGAAUAUUUUUAAUAAAA